CCUGAAAAGGAUCAUCUAUCUUUGAGAGAACGUCUUCGGAAACUUGAUAGUAUCUUGGAGCAGCCAGUGUAUUCACAAUGGGUCGUUGGCGUACUAUCUCCAUCGCUUUGGUCGUCACCAUGGGAGGAUUCACCUUCGGCUUUGACUCGGGAAUCAUCGCGACCACCUUCGGUCAUCAAACUUUCCGCGUCUACAUGUACGGGCCCUCCCAAGCCAGCACAUCUCUCGCUGGUGCCAUAGUAUCAUGCUACAACGCCGGUCAAGCCAUCGGAGCCCCAACAGUUGGCUAUCUUGCCGAUCGCUUCAGUCGCAAGUAUACCAUCGCCUUUGCUUCCCUUCUCGCUAUCCUCGGAGCCGCUCUGCAAGCCGGUGCCGUUCAUGUCGGCAUGAUGAUCGCAGGCCGGCUCAUCGCCGGCCUCGCUUGUGGCCAGUUCCUCGCUGUUGUCCCGGUCUAUAUCGCCGAAGUAGCCAAGCCCUCUCAGCGUGGUUUCCUCGUUGGCCUUCAGGGUUUGAUGACUGCUAUUGGGUUUUGUAUCGCGAAUUGGGCUGGAUAUGGAGGUGCUUUUGCGGUUGGGGAUGCUCAAUGGCGGAUUCCCUUGGCUAUGCAAAUUCCUGUUCCUUUCAUCCUUAUUUUCGCUGUGUUCUUCGUACCCUUCUCCCCUCGUUGGCUUGUCAGAAAAGGACGUCAUGAAGAAGCCCGCCGCGUUCUCAACCUCCUCCACGACACCGAAGGCGAAACCUUUAUCGAACAAGAACUCCUCCAGAUCCAACAGCAGAUUGAACUUGAGGCGUCUGCUGAGACAAGCAGCUGGGCAUAUGCGAUCAAAGAACUUUUUUCCAUGCGAUACCUCCACCGCACGCUCAUGGCGGCUUUCAUCGUCUCCCAGUCCCAGCUCUCAGGCGCCUCUGUCAUCCAGAACUUCCAGAACACAUUCUAUGCCAUCGUUGGUAUCACCGGUCGACAGUCGCUCUUGGUAUCUGGUAUCUACGGUUUCAUGGGUGUUAUCGGAACCAUCAUCUACUUGGGCAUCGUUGCAGACAGAUGGCCUCGUGCUCGAACAUUGUGGACUGGCUCGCUCGCCUUGUCCGUCUCCAUCGCUAUCUGUAUGGCUUUGAGUGCCACCUAUGGUCAGGCCGGAGAGAGUAACAUGGCCGGAGCAAGAGCAAGUAUCGCUUUCAUCUUCAUCUACUCUGCGACCUUUGCAAUCUUCUUCAACGCAAUGAUCUGGGUUGUCCCAUCAGAGCUGUUCCCAACAUUCCUUCGAUCAAAGGGCAUGGCCUUCGCCGUGUCAUCCAAGUCCGUCGUCGCUAUCGUUCUUAGUCAGAUUACUCCUUUGGCGCUCGCAGAGGUCAGCUGGAGGUUCUAUGCUCUCUUCAUCGCGUGUAAUACUGCCGCCGCCGUCCUGUACUUCUUUUUCCUGCCUGAGACUGGUGGUAAGACCCUGGAGGAAAUCGCAGAGCUCUUUGGUGAUGCUGUGGCGGUGGAUAUGCAUGCCAAUAUCGAGAAGCUUGAUGCUACCAGUGUUGUCCAUGCUGAAGGCAGCGAGCCUCGCAAGUAG